UUCAUACAUUUUUCUUGAUCUGCCAGAAAGUUCCAUACGUUUGUAGUUUGCUGCAUAUACUUACAAUCUAAAGGCAGAAUGGAGAUGAAGAAGCAAAGCAUCUCAGAGUUUCGAGAAAGAAUGGACAAAACAUUAGCAUGUAACGAUCUUGUAAACGAAGAGUCUAUCAAAAAGCUAGUUGUAAAACAGUUCUCUCAUUCACCAUCAAAAUCUGCCGAGAAAAUUCAUGAUGGUAACAAUGAAUACGUAAUCGAAAAGAGGUCUAAACAAGUAAUGAACUUUCUUGACCAACUGAGGAGUGCUUCGGGAGAUCAUCAUAAUAAGCCUGGGGGUUGGAAGGUUAAGGAAGAUCAUGAUGAGUAUCGAAUCAUGUAUCGAGGAGAACCCAAAGGAUCUCCCUUUCAUACAUUACUUGCGGAAGGAUAUGCAGAUGCACCUAUGGAUGUCUGUUUAUGUGCUGCAUGGGAGGCAGCUCUCUAUGAGAAAUGGUGGCCUAAAGUCGCAGUUCCAAAAUUCAGAAUCAUGGAAACUAGAGCGCUGCAAAAGAUUCGAAUUGGAGAACAUCUUUCCCUCGUCAGGAUGAAGGUUACAUGGCCAUUAGCAGCUAGAGAAGUUAUUGUUCACUAUAUGGAAAUUGAAUAUCUUGAAGGUGAUCUGAUUAUUGGACUCCUAAACACUGUGCCUGACAUAGAUAAAGCUACCAAAGAAACUCAUGGAUUCAGCAGCGAAGGGGUACCAGAAGCAAAGGAUAUUGUUUGAAUGGAUUUCGUUGGCGGCACUGUAAUGAAGAAAUUGUCCACAAAUAAAACCUACUUUCGGACAAUAGUGAAAAUGGAUUUAAAGCUAGACUUGGUUCCUGCGUGGCUUAUAAAUUUCAUUGCAAGGCAACUUCUUGGCGGUUCUUGCAAGCUCUAUCAAAAGGUUCCAUUUUUGACACCAACAUUUCAUUUAUAUUCAUUCAAUCAAUCCAGUAUGUUAGAUUGUUAAUUAGCAUCUAACUUGGAGGAAAUUCAACAGACACACCUGAUUUUGCAACUGCUUUUUAAAAGAGGACAAAAUAAAGCCUACACCCCACCUUGUUAUUAUAGUGACAGACAUUUUGAUCGUUACCCAGUGUAUCCUUCAAUCUUUUCCAGGAACCAGAAUAAGAACUGGGAAGACCGGAACUGGCAAAUUAGUGCCAUUUGAUGCCAAAAACCUACUUUACUAAACAAGGACACUUCAGUGUGAUUCAUGUCUUUCAGCUAUGUGGCUUAUAUAAUCUAUUAUGAAAACCCUUGAUAUUUCAGACAGUUGCCUCUGUGGCCAAAGGAGACAGAGACUUCGAAGAAGCCCUGAAGGGUUCAUUAUAUGUUCGAAUACGUGAAGGUCUUUCAGGCAAAAAGUCGAAGAACAUUUCAGAAAAUAGAAAUGGAGAAUCAACAGUGGCCCUAUCAGCAGAGCUACAUGAAAUUGAGGAAGAAAAGAUUGAACAGAAUUCCACAGAAGACAAAGUAGGUGCUCCAGAACCAGUUACGCCGGGCUUCAAAGGGAAAGAAGAACAAGAGAAUGAACCAUAUUCAGAAGGGAACAAGAAAGAUGCAACUGUGCCAGAUAAUCUAGGCUUGCAAGGAAAUGGAGAAGUACACACUGAAUGAGAACCAUUUAAGAAUGUGAAAAAUGGCUCUGGUGGGAUGCAGAAUUCUGAAAUUAAGUUGCACUGACUAAGGCAGUAGAGGAUCAGUUGAAUAAGGCACACUCCGUUACUCAGGUACAAGAGUGUCUAACAUCUGAAAGUGUUUUCUGAAAUGGUAAUUUUCAAGAAAUUUGAUUAGUUAUUGACAUUUGGGGAAAUACAAAAAAAAAAAAGAACUUCUACAUAUGUUGGUUGCGUAUCAUAAUAUGUACUCCGUCUUGUUAAUGAAUUAUCUUUCUUA